CCAGACAGAAGAGCAAAAGGGCCGGCUGAUAGGAAGACAUGCUGUUUCACGGAUGUUGCGAUCACAUGGUAUUCUCGCGUACUGGUUACCCCCUCCCCCCACCCAGUCUCCUGAGUGUUCUGAGCGUGACGUAGAGAGAAGUCUAUGCGCGUACACUGGUAGUGUCUUGAAGCGUGUUCUGCUAAGACAGCGUGGGUGACAAAGGAGUUUGUAGCGGAUGAGUGGUCUCAGGAUGGUGAAUGCAAACAGCAGUGAUAGUGGCACCGCUAGCUGUAGCAGUGCAGAAAACUCCAAGGAAAGCUCCCGAUGUUCCACACCAGUCCUGGACAUAGAGCGACAUGAAUGUCUCAAGGAAAAGAUGAGAAGGCGGGUUGAAGCUGGCGAUAGAUGGUUCUCAUUGGAGUUUUUUCCUCCACGUACAGCAAGUGGAGCAGUUAACUUGAUCUCCAGGUUUGAUCGAAUGGGUUCAGGAGGUCCCCUCUUCAUUGAUGUGACCUGGCACCCUGCUGGAGAUCCCGGCUCAGAUAAAGAGACAUCCUCCAUGAUUAUUGCAAGUACUGCUGUUAAUUUCUGUGGGUUAGAGACUCUUUUGCAUAUGACAUGCUGCAAUCAGACGAAGGAGGACAUUACAAAGCAUCUCCAAAAGGCAAAGCGUCUUGGGCUGAAGAACAUAAUGGCUCUUAGAGGAGACCCUACUGGUGAGGAAUGGGAGGAAGAGGCAGAGGGCUUUAAUUAUGCUGUUGAUCUUGUUAAGCACAUUCGUCAUGAAUUUGAGGAUUACUUUGAUAUAUGUGUUGCCGGAUAUCCCAGAGGACACCCUGAUGCAGAAAGCUAUGACCAGGACUUGAAGCACCUUAAGGAGAAAAUAGAUGCUGGAGCAGAUUUUAUUAUCACUCAGCUUUUCUUUCGAUCUGAGACAUUCCUUACAUUUUUAAAGGAUUGUAGAGCUAUAGGGAUAACGUGUCCUGUCUUGCCUGGAAUCUUCCCGAUCCAAGGAUAUGGCUCUUUGCGUCAGCUAGUAAAAUUAUCAAAACUUGAGGUCCCCCAGGAAAUUAUGGAUGUCAUAGAACCAAUUAAGGAUAAUGAUGCAGCCAUUAGAAAUUAUGGCAUUGACUUGGCAGUAUCAAUGUGUAGGGAGCUGCUGGACAGCGGUCUGGUACACGGACUUCACUUCUAUACACUUAACAGAGAGGUAGCCACUAUCGAUGUCUUGAAGCGCCUUGGGAUGUGGAAAGAAGAUCCUAGGCGACCUAUGCCUUGGGCUAUGAGUGCACAUCCAAAACGAAGAGUAGAAGACGUCCGUCCAAUUUUUUGGGCUAGUAGGCCAAAGAGUUACAUACAUCGUACACAGGAGUGGGAUGAAUUUCCAAAUGGGCGUUGGGGCAACUCCUCUUCUCCAGCUUUUGGUGAGUUAAAGGACUAUUACCUUUUUUACCUGAAAAGCAAAUCUCCACGAGAAGAAUUACUGAAAAUGUGGGGACAAGAACUCAACAGCGAAGAGAGUGUGUUUGAAGUGUUUACCUAUUACAUCUCUGGAGAACCUAACCCUAAUGGGCACAAAGUAAACUGUUUACCUUGGAAUGAUGAUCCUCUUGCUCCAGAGACCAAUCUACUGAAGAAUGAACUGCAGAAAGUUAAUAAAAGGGGAAUUCUGACUAUCAACUCCCAACCAAAUGUCAACGGGAAGCCCUCCACAGACCCAAUUGUGGGCUGGGGUCCCAGCAGAGGCUAUGUCUUUCAAAAGGCCUAUCUUGAAUUCUUCACAUCCAGUGAAAUGGUCUCUGCCCUCAUCAAAGUGCUUAAGCGAUAUGAGCCACGUGUGAACUAUCAUAUAGUCAAUGUACAUGGUCAAAACAUUACCAAUGCUGCAGAUUUACAACCAAAUGCUGUGACGUGGGGAAUCUUUCCAGGACGUGAAAUUAUUCAGCCAACCGUUGUGGAUCCAGUUAGCUUUGUGUAUUGGAAGGAUGAAGCCUUUGCCCUGUGGAUUGAGCAGUGGGCCAAACUGUAUGAAGAGGAGUCUCCAUCCCGUAUGAUUAUUCAGUAUAUUCAUGACAACUACUACUUGGUAAAUCUGGUGGACAAUGAUUUCCCCCUUGAGAAUUGCUUGUGGCAGGUUAUAGAGGACACCUUUAAAGAGCAUGAUAGACCAACUGACCAGUGAGAAUAAGCUGUAUCCUGCUGAUGUGCCUACUACCUCGUGGCUAAAGUGCAAUUCAAAUGGUUUUGAGAUGGACUGUGCCAUUUCACCCCCCUUCUGUCCGUAAAUUUGAAUGCUCCAGUUAUGUUUUAAAGGAUUCCUCAGGCCUAUGACACACAAGGCAUUUCUCUGCGGUCAGAAGCCCCAAAUGCAACCAUGCACUUGUGUGUGGAAAAGUAACAUGCUGAAUAAUACACACUGUGUGCCAUAAGCCUUACUGUAUAGCACUAUACUGUCAAAAAUUUAGUAUUAAUUAUAGGAAUACUGUCUUCUGAAUUGCACAAAUAUGAACAUUAAAAGAUUGAACACUUCAGGUAAAACCUCAGUGUAAAAAAAUGAGGUCUCCCCUCAGAAUCAUUUUUAUAUCUAGUUUGGUCUCCAGAAUUAGGAGAUCAGCAAUUAGUGUCUUUUUAAUUAAUGCUCUCCAGACGUCCACCUUCUGUUUUGUAUGUUUUUAACUUAUUUUUAACUAGGACUUUAAAACAGGAAAUUCGGAUUUUAUGUUUUGGCCUUUACGGCAGCAGUGCUUGUUUUGAAUAGAAGAGCCUACUGGAGUUUCCUUAACUUGUAUUCCAUGGACUUUAAAGUAUGUAAUUAUGUGGGCUCUGUUUCACUACCAGAAAUAUAGACAUUCAUAAAACUAAGGUUAAUUACUCUGAAUGAGCAACACUAAAAACUCUGUAUUUUUGUAUACAUAUCAAUAAUGUAUAGUACAGAUCAAUAAAUAUUUUAAUUUUACCUUGA